AUGGGAGAGCAAGGCAGAGACGUCAGGAAAGGAACUUCAUGGAGCCACAAGGUUGAAGGUGAACCAUUGGCUGGCAAGACUGCUGCUGGCAUUCCUAGAGGCUACUGGAACUUCUCCUGGGUAGCAGAGGAUGAGCUGAGCUUCCCCAAGGACGCAGUGCCCAUGUCAGAUCACAGAUGCCCUGGCAAUAACAAAAUAUGUGACCAGCGCAUAGGGGCUAACCCAGAGUUCACAUGGAGCGUAGUGGCUGCUUGGAACCCACGGGAUCAAGGCAACGCGAAGGCUGAAAAGAAGGAAGGAAGUCCCCAGGGGUGGGAGGAAGGUAAGACUGAAGGUCAGUUCCUCUGGGUGAACAGUUCAGCUUUUGGAGGCCCCUGGGUGCUGAGUCCAUGGCUGUGGGGGGGCAAGCGUGUCUGUGGCCUGGACAUGGCCGUGUUCCUCCACCCCAAGCAAAGUGGGCAAUACACCAUUUGGCUCAUAGAGCGAGACAAGCCGCCACAACCCCUCCUGUCUACCGACGCCCUGCCACGUAUGACAGGCUGGGCGGUGGUCCACCUCACCCUGGGAACACACGGGGGCUCGCCCUUUCGGAUCUCAGCCAGCUACGACCAGCGGAUCCCCCAGGAUACCACAGCCACCAUCGAACCUCGCUUCACCACCAACUGUACUAUAGAGUCCUCACCCAUCCCAAACAUCACUCUGGAGGGCCAGUAUCACUGUCACCAGGGUCCCGGGAUCCCGCUGGACAAGCUGUGUGACUUCAGGACAGACUGUCCGUUUGCCGAUGAUGAAGGAGAUCUAUGUCGCCGGUUUCUCAAUGGCAGCUACUGCUCUUUUGAGGACGGCGAGUGCAGCUGGCAUUCGAUAACAGGCCGCGGUCUCUCCUGGAGAAGACUCCAGUCUCCAGUCAAGGCUGCCAGACAGAGCUGCCCAUCAUCAGGAACUACGUUUGUUGUGGAAGGAGGCCAGUCCAAAGGUCAGCACGGCUCAGCAGUGUUGAGGAGCCCUCUGUUCCCCCCUCCGCUGAGAAACUCGCCGUGCACGGUGCGGUUCUGGAUGUGUUCUGGAGGCUUACAGAAGGGGGCGCUGUCUCUGUGGAUAGUGGAGAACAGCACCGGCCCUGAGGAGCAGCGCCGACUGUGGCACUCAGCCACCGAACCCAGAUCUGAGAGAGGCUGGAAAGUCAUCACCAUUCCCCUUUACGGACUGGCAGACUGGUUCUGGCUUCAGUUCAGCACAGAAGAUGGACCUGGACCCAGUUCAGCCAUCUCUCUUGACAACAUCUCUUUCAGUAUGGACUGCUUCCUGGCCUCCAACGGCGACUUCCCCCCAGUGGCCACGAGCACAACAAGGCAGCCCCUUAGACCAAUCAAUCAGUACAUCAAAACCACCACACCGUCCAAUGGGGGCCCUUCAGCGUACAUCCCUGUUCCAGAUGACUCCAAAAAGUGGACAUUUCAUACUUGUGGGGCGGUGGGACCUGAAGGCCCGACACCAUCACAGUGCAGCAGCUCCUACAGGAACAGCAACGUCAAUGUGACAGUCGGCACCAGAGGGCCCUUCAAAGGCAUCCAAAUGUGGCGGGUCCCAGAAACUGGCACCUACAGGAUCACAGCCUACGGGGCAGCUGGCGGUCGCAGCGUAUUGGCCAUGAGCAGGUCACAUGGCGUCUACAUUACGGCAGACUUUGAGCUCCACAAGGGCGAGUUGCUUCACAUCCUGGUGGGACAGCAAGGAGAGGACGCCUGCCCCAACUCCAACACCAUACUGAAUAAGAUAUGCAUCGAACAGAGCGGCCCAAUGGCCAACAAGACUCAAGUCAGAGGGGGUGGAGGCGGAGGAGGCGGAGCAACAUAUGUGUUCAAGGUGGAGAAGGAAGUGUAUCCCCUCAUCAUCGCUGCAGGGGGAGGCGGGCGGGGUUACAGCAGCCAAUCAGAGACCCAGGAGGAGCAGAUGGACAGUGACCCUGGCCAACCUGGACGCAACGGGAAGUCUAACCUUAACGCCGCAGGUUAGUAUGGCUGGAAUGACAGUGUACCUAGCCAGUCAGGGUGGAGACCCCUGGUGCUCGGAGGCCAGGGAGGCCAAGCCUGUCAGAAAUUCUGGCAGACCCGGGGCGGCUUCGGAGGCGGCGGGGUCUGUAUGUCUGGGGGCGGCGGCGGAGGCUACAGAGGUGGUAAUACGUCUGCAGAUGACCCCAAACAUGACGGGGAGGACGGCUCAUCCUUCAUCAGUCCCGAAGGAGAACUCUUCCUAGAUCCUCUGAAAGGAAUGGAGGGGCAUGGCGAGGUGAUCAUUAACCCAGUGCAGAACUGCAGCCACUGUGAGAGCAACGAAUGCCAUGAGACCAAGGAUGGCACCGUGUGCUACUGCGACAACGACCUCAUCCUGGCAGCAGACGGGGUGUCCUGCGUCAACGCAACAGGGGUGUCCCCGCUGUCUCCCCAGCCGUCUCUCUCCCACUUGGCGCUGGGUCUGUCCGUGGGCACCUCGGCCCUCAUUGCUGCCCUGCUACUGGCCGUGGUCGGGAUGUACAGACGUAAACACACAGAGCUGCAGUCCAUUCAGCUGGAGCUCCAGAGCCCGGACUGCAAGCUUAGCAAACUGCGAGCCUCCACCAUCAUGACCGACUACAACCCAAACUACUGCUUUGCCGGCAAGACGGCCUCGGUCAACGACCUCAAGGAAGUGCCACGACGCAACAUCUCCCUCACCAGGGGUCUGGGUCACGGAGCUUUCGGUGAGGUGUAUGAAGGACUUGCAGUGGGGAUACCAGGUGAACCAAGUCCAAUGCAAGUUGCAGUGAAGACACUUCCAGAGGUUUGCUCCGAGCAAGAUGAGUUGGAUUUCCUCAUGGAAGCUCUGAUAAUUAGUAAGUUCAGCCACCAGAACAUUGUGCGCUGCAUAGGAGUCAGUCUGCAGGCGCUGCCCAGGUUCAUCCUGCUGGAGCUCAUGGCCGGAGGUGACCUCAAGAGUUUCCUGAGAGAGACCAGACCCCGGCUGGAGCACCCAUCCAGCCUGUCUAUGGUGGACCUUCUCAACGUGGCCAGAGACAUCGCCAGGGGCUGCCAGUAUCUUGAGGAGAACCAGUUCAUCCACCGGGACAUUGCGGCUCGGAACUGCCUGCUGACCUGCAAAGGACCGGGCCGAGUGGCCAAGAUCGGAGACUUUGGGAUGGCCCGGGACAUUUACAGAGCAAGCUACUACAGGAAGGGCGGGCGUGCCAUGCUGCCGGUGAAGUGGAUGCCACCUGAAGCGUUCAUGGAGGGCAUCUUCACGUCCAAAACAGACACCUGGUCAUUUGGGGUUCUUCUGUGGGAGAUCUUCUCAUUGGGCUACAUGCCAUAUCCAAGCCGCAGUAACCAGGAAGUUCUAGAGUUUGUUACCAAUGGCGGAAGGAUGGACCCUCCUAAAAACUGCCCUGGGCCAGUGUACCGUAUAAUGACUCAGAGUUGGCAGCACCAGCCUGAGGACAGGCCUAACUUCUCAACUAUCCUGGAGAGGAUUGACUACUGCUUGCAGGACCCUGAUGUGGUGACCAUGCCAUUGCCCAUAGAGUAUGGGCCUGUCCCAGAGGAGGAGGAGCGUGUGCCGAUGCGUCCUGAUGACCCUUCAGCUCCAACCUUGCUGGUGAACGCACAGGUGCCUGAUGGGGAGGCGGGUCCACCGCCACCUCCAUCCUACCCCGCGGAGGACAACCAGAGAGGCGGCGAGCCCACUCUCCUUACCAGCUCACCAUCGGAGGCCAAAGCACAGCCAUCGGGCCAGCCCCAGCCGUACCUGCACCAGCACCAGCAACCGCACCCGCACACCACCGCCAGCACCACCGCUACCACCAUCACCUCCACAGCCGCCUCCACGCUCACUGCCAAGGGGUCCCAUGUCUCCACCCAGCCCAGCUCCGAGGGCGGACACGUCAACUUUGCUUUCUCCCAGGGUCUCCCGCCGGAGAAGGAGGGUCGCAACGGGAAGACGACCAGUCUGUGGAACCCCACGUACGGCUCGUGGUUCCUGCAGCAGCAGCAGAGGAAGCAGCAGCAGCAGCAGCAGCAGCAGCAACAGCAACAGCAACAGAGGCAGGGAGGGAUGGCAGUGGUAGGAGGAGGUGGAGGUAGCGGCGGCAGGGUGCCCGGAGAAGGGCAGGAGCACGUGGGGCGGACAGUGGCGGAGGCGGCGGGGGCACUGGGUCUCCAGCAUCAGCACAAGCAGUUCCAGCAUCAGUUCCAGCAGCAGCACCAACUCCAGCUCCUCCACCAGCAGCAGCAGCAGCAGCAGGGCCUCUGCAGACCCCUGCUGCCCCCGCCACCACCUCCUGCUGCCCAGUCUCCACUGCUGUUGGAUUCAGCCGCCCUGCCCCCAGUUCCCCUCUACAGACUGCGACGUUUCCCAUGCGGGAACAUCGGCUACGGCUACCAGGAGCAGGGCCUGCCGCUGGAGGCCACCCACUCCAGCACCAGCGCACCUCCUCCUCCACCCCCUCCACCCCCACCGGGCGCCUCUGCAUCCACCUCAGCCCCACUCCAGAGGGGGGGAGCACCCCUGCCCGCCGCGGUGUCCAUGGGUCGCUCGGGCAUAGCCGAGGACAGCCGUCCACUGCUGGUCACCAUGGGGACUGUGCAGGACCCCAGGUUGCCCAGGAUGGAGGGCCACAACGCCACCGUGCUUUAGCCCAAAUGCCUAUCUUUGUUUUUUUAGGCCCUGUCUUUGGAGACUGUGCACAGGAAGCACAGCAGGAAACACUGUGUCAGGACAGAGACCGUUUUACACUCCCCCACCGUUCCACUAUCUUUUCCCCCCGUUCAGAGCAUCAGUGUUGCUUUACCAGAGAUGGAUCCAUCUGGCACUCUUUUCCCCCAUGAGGACCUUGGACCUGUUGAAAUCAUCAAUGGAUGCUAAAGCACAUUAGAAAUCUACAAGACUUUUGGGAGGCAAACUAUGUAGAGUAUAGGCUAGUUUUAAGAAUAAAAAAUGUAUUUUUUCAACACUGGCUGGAUUGUGACAAAGUGAGAAUACCAAGAAAGCAGUUGAAUGGUACAGAGAGUUUGUGACACAGGAAAACAUGGGGAGGACUUUCUAUCUGGUACGUCUGCCAUGUGUUCAUUGACUGCCACAGAUGUCAGAAACAGUCUUUCCUGUAUGACAAUGGAACACACUAGGAGGAUUCAUAUUUCUAUAUUUUGGCAGAUUUAAGACUCUCAAUCAUAUAUUUUGGUCGGCAGUUUGACUAUAGCAUUUGCUAAGUUCUCUCUAGCUGCCAGCCACAUCUGUUCUAUUGCAAUUUCCCCACAUUGUUCCUUAUCCCUUUCCUUUUGGAUUUCGCACCGUGGUAAAUAACUUGCUAUCAGACUAUUUUUCAGAAAUUAUCAGAGAAUUGGACACUGGAUUACCAGAGACAUUUUUACUAAAACAAACAAACAAAAACAAAAAAACAAAACAAACAAAAAAAAAAAGAUUGGGGAAAAAUGUGUUUGUUGAUGUUUGCUUGCCUGCUUGUUAAUUUAUUCAUUUGUUUAUUUAUUAUUUGGAAGUGGUUCUAUAAAUUAUUAAUGGACAUGCCUCUUAAAAUCCAAUCAAAAUGCAUUUCUCCAUGAGCUGGAAAGUUUUGUUUUACAUUAUUGAAUAACGAGAAUUAAAACAGUCCCAUGAGUGAUCAGUUCCUGAUAUACUGGAUAGUAUGUCAUAAUAUUAAUUGAUAUGUCCUAUCUAAGGUAAGUGGUUUUGUGCUUUUAAGGUGAAGUAGACAAAUAGAAGCAAUUGAAGCAGGUGGGAGAGAUAUUUGACAAACCAUAAAACAGAUUUACCAUAAACCACUCUCGCCAUCAUUCAGCUGUUCAGGUCUCACUUAUCGCCGAAGAUUUCUAAUAACUUGUGGCCCCUAAAACGAUUGAAAUUACAGUCUGCUGUUCAAAAAUUCAUUUCACUGAAGAGUGCUUUCAGAUGGUGAAGCUGAGACUUUCUUUACUUAGAGCCUUUUUCAGUAACCUUUUAUUCAUUUAUUUUGUGGUUUAAAAAAACGCCUCACUAUAUUUUGGCUGGAUACAGAAACUGAAGUCGUGGAUAUUGCUGAAUCGAUCUUAACCUUCAGAUUGCUAUCUCAAAGCACUCAACGUUCCUAAAUGUGCAUAUUUUAUAUUUUCUAUUACAGGGUGACUGAUGUGGAAUUCAAAUGAGUCUGAGUGAAAAGUUUGAAUACAAACUGCUUGUGAUCCACAUGUGAGCGAAACCAAGGGACCAGUUUGAGAGUCUCAUUCGAGUAACCCAUGCACACAUCCUCCCGCGUGGUGUUAACACCUGUCUGUGUUUAAAGUCCGCUUUUAAGUUGAAUAAGGACGCUCGCACAUCCCCGUCAAAUGACAGCAUAAGCGUAAUGGUGUUGAUAUUUAAGAGAAAGAUGGCCUUGUGCGUCAGUUUUUGCUGCUUUGCUUGACUGUUUUUUGCAAUCCUGUCAGCCCCUCUGCUGUAAAGCGACGAGACGCGAUGACGAGGUCACAGCCGCCUGCCUCAGUGACUGAUAAAGACAAAUGCGUUUCUGUUGGCCAAGUCGAUGAGCAAUUCAAAUAAUGGCUAAAGAAAAGUAUUUUGCUUCCUCUUCAGUACCUGUGUUAAAUGCAUAACUCUGUGUUCCCUUCACUGCUCAUCUCCAUCGUUUUGUGUAAAAAAAAACAAAACAAAGAAACAAAAAAA